AUGGGUAUUAAGCACCUCUUCCAGAUCAUCAAGGAGGAGGCUCCCGAUGCGAUCAAAGAGGGAGAGAUAAAGGCGCACUUUGGCCGCAAAGUUGCCAUUGAUGCGUCCAUGAGUAUUUACUCCUUCCUCAUCGCCGUCCGAUCCGAUGGCCAACAGCUCAUGAACGAGAGCGGAGAGACAACAUCACAUCUCAUGGGUCUCUUCUACCGCACACUCCGAAUGGUCGACAACGGUAUCAAACCCCUCUACGUGUUCGACGGCGCCCCGCCCAAGCUUAAGUCUGGCGAGCUCGCCAAGCGAUUCCAGAGAAAGCAGGAGGCCACUGAGGGUCUCGAGGAGGCAAAGGAGACAGGUACUGCUGAGGAUGUUGAGAAGUUCUCCCGAAGAACGGUGCGGGUGACUCGUGAGCACAACGAGGACUGCCGGAAGCUUCUGAAGCUCAUGGGCAUUCCCUUCAUCAUCGCUCCUACUGAGGCUGAGGCACAAUGUGCAGUUCUCGCCCGUGCUGGCAAGGUAUACGCCGCCGCGAGUGAGGAUAUGGACACCCUCACUUUUGAUACCCCUAUCCUGCUCCGUCACUUGACGUUCAGCGAGCAGCGCAAGGAGCCCAUUCAGGAGGUUCACAUUGAUAAGGUGCUUGAAGGUCUUGGCAUGGAGCGCAAGCAGUUUGUCGACUUGUGUAUUCUUCUCGGCUGCGAUUACCUCGACCCUGUCCCCAAGGUUGGUCCUUCGACAGCUCUCAAGCUGAUCCGCGAACACGGAGACCUGGAGACACUCGUCGAGGCUUUCAAGAAUGACCCGAAGCAAAAGUACGUCAUUCCGGAUGACUGGCCGUACCAAGAUGCCCGGGAGCUCUUCCUCAACCCCGAUGUGCGAAAGGCGGACGACCCGCUUUGCGACUUCAAGUGGGAGAAGCCCGACAUGGAGGGGCUGGUGCAGUACCUCGUCACAGAGAAGGGCUUCUCGGAGGAUCGUGUGCGCUCCGCAGGCGCCCGCUUGGAGAAGAACUUGAAAAGCAACCAGCAAGUACGCCUCGACGGUUUCUUCAAAGUGAUUCCCAAGACGGAGGAGGAGAAGGCUGCGCACAAGCGGAAACUGGAUGCCAAGAACGAUGAGAAGAAGAAGAAGCAGAAGCUGGAAAAGAAGGAGAAGGCUGCUGCCAAAUCUAAGCCUCGUGGAGCCUAG